CGCAUUCAUAACAUUUGUUUGAUGGCUUCUAAAUUACCGAGUUGUUGAAUCGUAAAUUAAUUGAAUAUUCAAAAUUUUUGUAAAAAAAACUCUCAUGAAAAUAUAAAGGCAAAAUUUUUGUUUGCGGAAAGACACAUCCGCAUUUCUUUAAGGCACAUAAAAUUAUAAAAGUGAAAUAGUAGCCACUAUGGGUGAAAAACCAGGAGAAGAUAAAGAUAAAAGAGUGAAAAUAAAUGUGGAAGGCGAAGAUGAGGUCGUUGAAGGCGAGAUGGGCCGGAAAAAGAUGAAGCGUUUCCAGUUACCAAACUUGCCGCGCUGGUGGCAAGCCAAGAUCAUCCAAUAUGCCUUCGCCCACCCGCAUGUCCGGGCGAGGCUCGAGAAGCACAUGGGCUCCAACCUGGUCAAGCUGACAGACAAGAGCUACAUGACUGAGCUGGAGGAGCGGAUCCGGGCCGUCAAUGAAGAGAACCUCAACAAGAGGAUCUCUAGUAGGGUCCUCGAUGAAAUGGAGAGGUUGAAGCGACUCAUUCUAGUGGGCAAGACACCACUCAAAGAGUGCCCACCAGAGCUGUUCCAUCACCCAGUAUUCGUGUUUUGGCGCAUGGUCAACAGAGAGGUGGCUCGAGCUUCCAAGAAAAGAGCUGACGCCUACUACAGGAAACUCAAGGCUUCGCAACGAUUCGAUCAGUCUCUGGAUGAAGAGUCCGAGUCGGAAGUGGUUGAAGAAGAAUCUGAACAGUUGACCUCCGAACAGCUCCUGGCAAGAUGUCAACAAGAACUCGAAGAACAAAAGCAGCUGGACAUAGAACGGGGCGUGCGAUUCACCGACGAGCAAUUCUCGCAGCUGAAGUAUGAAACCAACGACGUCAAAAUGCUUAAAAACCUCACGACUGUAGAAGAAUUGUACUCCCUGGCGGACAAGAUCAUUGGAUCGAAACGUCUUUAGCUUCACGUCAAUUAGGUACUCAAGUAGAUUGUUGUUCGUAAUACAUUAUAGUUCAUUCACCCACAAUUCCCAAUCCUCCAGCCAAGGACAACAACAACAACAGUAGAAGAAUAUUGUAUAAUAACCAAUAAUUGAAUUUAUUAUCAGAAUCACUCACAAAAGUUGGUUAUUCAAAUUUAAUGUUGUAAAGGGAAUUAUGUAUUUAGGACGCGUGGACACUAUACUUUGUAUUGUAUCGUUUUGUCAUGCAUUUGCACUCUGAUAGUGAUAGUAGAUUUGAUGUUUGCUACUUAUACAAUAUCGUAUACUCGGUCAACUUUAGACCCCGUUCAUAGUUAACAUCAUUUAAUAUUAGUAGCCCCUUUACACUAGCGUUUUUCACGCAUAAAGUUUGUAUGGACGCAGCGUAAACGCAGUAAAUAUGCAAUGCGUGCUGUAUAAAAUCGGGCUUACUAUAUAAUUUUCGCGAAUCAAUAAUAAUCGAAUCCAUAUCACCAAAUGCAUCGUAUCGUUUGAAGUAUUUAUAAGCCGUUGUGUUGUGCAAGCCUCGUUUAUUGUUUUCUCCGUCGCAAUUUAUAAAUCCGUAUCCAAUAUAAAUCCUUAUCGUCUACUUAUUUGUAUAUCGUCUUUUAAAUGCGUCGGUGAUUCAGGAAUUUACUAAAUGUCAUGAAGAUACUGUUUGGUGACAUCAGGUUUGGUUCGGAGAAUAAUGUGAUACAUAUGCAAUUCCGAUAUAAUUCGAGUAGAUGUCACUAUUAAUUACAAUGUCGUAUUUUCUUUAGGGCUAUAUUAUUUGCUACAUAAGAAAACACAUGCGUCACAUUACAACUAUGCCCUGUGUUGCAUACUCUUUUUCUUAGAAAACAUUCAGUGUAAAGGCGCUCUUAGGAAAUUAUUAUUAUUUAACAUAAAGGCAAUGCAGAAAGGAAAACUUUCAAAAAUAUUGUAAAGUUUGAAAUGUAGUGAAAGUAAGGAAUAC